CAUUACACUCUCCGCACAUCAAACACACUUAGUAAUAACACCAACACCAAUUCAUUUGCAAAUAUCUAAAAUUUUAGAGUCUUCAAUUACCAUAAGAAAAUGAAGCAAACUCUCAUGUUCUCACUCAUACUACUACUACUACUUUCCCCCAUCUUCUCAAUCACCACUUUAGCUCAAUCAUCACCAGCUCCAUCCCCAAAAGCUCCAACAAAACCAGCCCCUACAAAACCAACCCCUUCAACAGUACCUUCUCCAGCACCAUCAAAACCAUUAGUCCCAGCAUUACCACAAUCACCAACAACAAAUCCUGAUUCAUCAGGAAACCAAGACAUAAUCAAGAUUCUAAGAAAAGCCAAAUCAUUCAACACACUUAUCAGGUUGCUUAAAACAACACAAAUCAUCAACCAAGUCAAUGCACAGCUUGUAACAACUAAAAAUGGUGGCUUAACAAUCCUUGCACCCGACGACGGCGCCUUUUCGCAGCUCAAAGCUGGUUACUUCAAUUCCUUGGGAGAGAGGCAACAAAAGGAACUGCUACAGUAUCAUGUUAUUCCUGUUUAUGUAUCAAGUUCAAAUUUUGAUUCUCUUAGUAACCCUGUCUUGACUUUAGCAAGUGAUAGUCCUUCUGGGUUUCAGAUUAAUGUUACAGCAUAUGGUAACAGUGUGAAUAUUUCAACUGGGGUUGUUGAUGCAACAAUCACAGGAAUUGUUUAUACUGAUAAGACACUUGCUAUAUAUCAUGUUGAUAAGGUUCUUGUUCCUUUGGAUUUUGUUAAGCCUAAGGCUAUUGCUCCAGCACCAGCUGUUGCUAAGGCACCUAAAGCUGAUAAAGAGAAUUCAUCUGCAGAAAAUGAUGAUGAUCAGGGUCAGGCAAAAAAGGAUAGUUCUGAUGCUGUUAGUUUGAUUGAUAUGCAUGGAACAGUGUUGCUGUCUCUUGGAGUUUCUCUGCUUGUAGCUGCUGUUACAGCUAUGCCAUGUUGAAGUUAAAGAACAAUAUUCAUUUGCAAGUUCUUUAUAUGUUUUCAGAACAAGCAUAUGCUAUUGCUGUGGAGUUCUGUUUAUGUUGCUUCUUGGUAUUUUAAGAAAAGUGUUGUUUGUAAGCUAUGUGAACCAUUUUGUUCUGUUCUUGUUUUGUCAUUAAAACUAUUUAUAUGAUUGUUUUAUUGUCUAAGACUAAAAAGAAUAUUUCAUUAAUUCCUGUACCAAA